AUUAUAUUAGCUAUUUGGAAUUUUUAUUUUCGACCUCGUUGGUUUGUUUUGAAAAUUCGAAAUUGUUGAAUUAUAGUGAGUAGUGCUGUCAUACUGUAUGAUUGGGAAAUAGCAUUUUAAUGUUGAUAUUAUCAAGGUUUGUUAAAAAAAUGUUUAGUAUGAAUUUUAGCUAGCGUUGCCUGUCACAUUACAAUGUCUUCUUUAACUGAAGAACAAAAAAAGAGAAUUGAAGAAAACAGGAGAUUAGCUCUUGAGAGGAGAGCUGCAAGACUAGCCCUCAACCACAAUAGUCCACAUAAACAGCCUGAUCCACCUCCAAAAUCUUUUCCUGCUAAUUCAUUUUAUAAAACUAUUGAUAAAUCAAUUCUCAAUACUGAAAAGUCUUUGCCUAGUUACCCACCUCUAAAAACUUGGUCUAUCAAGAAAAAUAAUCCCAGCAAUUCUGUAAAUAAUGCGAUCAGUAAAACUACUCCUGUUGAAAAAACUUGGAAUGUCACCACUGAUGCUCUUCAAGGGACAGUCAGUUUAAUCGACAAAGAUACAUUUGUUUUAGACGUUGGUUUCAAUCAAAGAUUAAUAGAUAUUUGCAAGCAAAUACCUGGAAGAUACUAUGAUCCUCAGAGGAAAUCGUGGUGUUUUCCUCUUAAGGAGUAUGAAAAUUUCAAAAAAAUUACCAAUCCUCUUUCACCUCAAAUAGUCAUUGGAAACCUACCUGCCUCUGUCCUGAAGAUUUUUUCAAAUCCUUCAAACUUUACUGUCAACCAUAAAGAAGUUGAUAUAUCUCGUAUUGAACCUGCAUUACUUAAUAGUUUAUUUCCUUUUCAAAAGGAAGGUAUUCAGUUUGGAGUUUCGAAAGGAGGCCGUUGCUUGAUUGCUGAUGAAAUGGGCCUUGGAAAAACAAUUCAAGCUUUAGGAAUCGCUGAUUAUUAUCGAGACGAAUGGCCCCUUCUUGUAGUUUGUCCAUCUUCUAUGAGGUUUCAAUGGGAGGAAGAAAUCAGAAGGAAUUUACCACGUGUUCCAAGUUAUUUGAUAUAUGUUUUGACAAGCAGUAAAGAUGAGUUUGAGAGAGCUAAAGUUGUGAUAUUGUCCUAUGAUCUAAUGGGGACUAAGAAGGAUUUGCUGAAAUCAUAUGGUUUCGGUGUCAUGAUACUCGACGAGUGCCACAGCCUGAAAAGUAUUAAAACGAAACGAACAAAAGCUGCUUUCGAACUGGUUGCAAAGUGUAAGAGAGUUAUACUUUUGAGCGGAACCCCUGCACUGUCGAGGCCCGCAGAACUAUUUACCCAAAUUAAAGCCCUUCAGCCGACUUUGUUUAAAGAUAUGAUCGAAUUCGGAAUUAGAUACUGUGAAGGAAAGCAAGAUAGAUUUGGUUGGAAUUUCAAUGGAUCGUCGAACCUUGAAGAACUUAAAACUAUUCUUGAAGAGAGAAUUAUGAUAAGGCGCCUUAAAUCUGAAGUUCUUGACCAACUUCCGUCUAAAAUAAGGCAAGUUAUUGUUAUUGAACCAGAAACGAAUAAUAAAUGUAUGGAUGCAUUUGCAAAAAAAUUAAACCAUGCUACUAUCAAUGGAGCCGAUAAAAGGAGUACAUUGUUGGCAUAUUUUGCCGAAACGGGGAAAGCUAAACUCAAUUCUAUUUGUAAGUAUGUUGAACAGCUUAUAUCACAAGAAAAGAAAUUUUUAAUAUUCGCGCAUCAUAAGUGCGUAUUGGAUGCCAUUUCAGAAACAUUGGAGAGAAAUAAAACUUAUUACGUUCGCAUCGAUGGAUCGGUGUCUUCCGAAGAGAGGAAAAACGUCUCUGAUCAAUUCCAGGAGGAAACAAACUUCAGAGUAGCAGUGCUUUCAUUAAAAGCUGCCAAUACUGGAAUUACAUUAACAGCUGCUAACUUAGUUGUAUUUGCUGAACUGUUUUGGAACCCUGGAGAACUUGUCCAAGCGGAGGAUAGAGCUCACAGGAUAGGGCAGCAGUCAAAUGUCCUCAUACAGUACCUUAUAGCUCAUAAGACUGCCGAUGACUUCCUCUGGCCACUGGUCCAAGGGAAGUUGAGGGUCCUUAAUCAGACGGGUCUAUCUGAUAGUAACUGUCUCGAUGUCACAGAAACAAAGCAGCAGGGAGCGAAACAGGCUGCGAUUACGGAUUUUUUCAGUGAAAUGGAUGAUGACGUAGAUGAAGAAGAACUUGGAAAUUUACUUGAUGAGAUAGAAGGCGUACAAGAAAAAAAACCAAAACUCGUUUGAUCUUUUCUCGUUCCUAAAAAUAAAUGUAUUUUAUUGUUAUUAUUUUGUAAAAUAAAUGUUAUUAUCCAGUUAUUAAUUGUAUUAUAUGAUUUUUUUAAAAUGUAAAAUUAUACUUUUUUUAUAAUUUCUCUUAAUUUAUUUAUUAUAUUUUCUCUAUUCAUUGUCACAAGAGGAUCUGUUAAAC